AUGAUUGUUGGAAAUCACAGCGCUGGCAAGUCCAGCUUCAUCAACUGGUACAUUGGCGAGGCUAUCCAGAAGACGGGCGUGGCGAUUGAGACACGUGGCUUCACUUUUGUGACUUCGGGCAAGAAACGGGAGACGCUGCAGGGUGAUGCCACCGUGCGGUUUUAUGACCACCUGCACGAGUUCGGGAAAUUCACUGGCGUCAUCUCAAACCUCUUCACGGGUAUGUCUUACCCCUUCAACGUUCAAGACGCCAUAAUCUGGAUGGCUGACCACGUCGACCUUAUCCUCAUCUUCUUUGAUCCCAUUGGGCAAGCCACUUGCAAGCGCACCAUGGAGGUCGUGGAACGGCUAAAUAAUGGACCGCACCUGGAGAAGAUUCAUUACUUCAUGUCCAAAGCGGACGCCGUUGACAAGGAGCACGAUCGGCAGCGGGUACUGAUCCAGAUCACACAGAAUCUUGCCACGAAGAUUCGCAACAGCCAUGCGUUCAACCUGCCAACCUUCUACCUGCCGCGUGACGACGAUGUGCCCUGCACCAUCCCCAACGCCAUUGAGGACGUGUGCAAGGAGAUCGACAAGGCCAUCAACAUGACUGUCCAGAAGAACCUGCGGCAGCUCAAGGGCGAUUGUGAGCGUAUCGAGAAGCGCAUCGGCGAGGUGCGAGAGCAGGACACGGCGCGGCGUGCAAGCAACGUGCAGCGGACCAUGCAGGGCAUGCUGUUGUCGCUGCUUACGCUCGUGGCGGCGGGCGUCAUGGGGGUCCUGGUGUUCGCCCGCUUUGUGGACACGCUGUGCGCGGACGCGCUGCUGGGCGACCAUUGCCGUGGCAACAAGCUUGUAAACGUGCUCCACCGGGCGCAGCCCCUUGUGGUGAGGAACUCCACUGCACUCUUCGGGGCGGCGGCCGCUGUGGUGCUGGUGCUCAUGGUCAUUACGAAGCUCACCUGGCGCAUCCAGCCCAUCCUUAGCAAGAAAGACCUCAAGAAGCUGGAGGACUACCGGGUGUACGUCAAGAAGAUUGCGGAGCAGGAGGAGGGACUGUACCAGGAAUACUUCAAGACGCUGUCGUCUAUGGAGCACUGA